AUGCCUCCCAGAGCAGCCGCCGGUAGGCGUCCCCGGUUCACCAGUCGGGAACCGGAGCAGCCAUCUACACACGACUCUCCAAACGCUCUGAUACGACCUCAGCUGCCGCCGCUGCAAGGGACUCCGAGCUCUCGGAGACAGUACACCUAUGGCUCUGGUGUUGAGCCGCCGCCCAGAGUGAGCGCUGGCUUUCAGCGGAUGGACCUGAGCACCGCUGUCAACCAGGCCCUCUCCAAGCGUGAUGACACCGAUGUGUUUGUGCGACCACCAAAACCUCAGGCAACUGCGACUGCGGAAGAUGAGACUUCUCGUGAUAAUGGAAAUCGGCUAACCGCUGCAAAUCUUCCUCGGGGAACUGUCGCUGGUAGUGACGCCGACAGCCUGCGCAGUUUUGGUAUGGAAAGUGACUACUACGAAGAUGCGACGAUAGGAUCUGCGCCUACUUCAACUCCAGGCCCCCAAACACGACAGCGCACCUCCAAAACAGCUACCCGGACACAAAAAGAUGUGCCUGAGGAACGUGUAUCACAGCCUGCACACACCGGGAGACUGCGACCGAUUUACCAGUCUUCAGAUGAAGACGAAGAAGAGGAGGAUCCAAGAACCACGCGUGUUGUUGUCGAUCAUAGAAAGAAGAUCAACACGCCAGCUCCCAAUAGAACGCGCCAGACAAGGUCAAACCAAUUGCCAGCGCGAAAUACUGCUCGGGAAGAAGACCCAGAGGAGGAGAGCGUGGAUGAGGAAGCAACCGGUUCAGAGCCAGAAGUGGAAUCGCUAGGUGUGCAUAGGGUGACCGCCGACCGUCGACCAAGGCAGGCAUCCGAGGAGACAUCUGAGCAAUCGAAGGGAACCUUUCGAAAGAGACCACAGAACCGGUCAGACAAAGGGGGGCUCUUUGCACAAGCUGACAAGAUCAACAAGAGAGUCACCUCGUUCGACAAGGCCAACGAGAUUCCGGUUGAUCCGUGGGAGCGUGACUUUCUAAUCCAGCAAGAGAUUCGCGAGGUCGAAGACCAAGUUGCUCGUGAGCGAGCAGAGAGAGAAACCCGGACCAGACCAUUUGUUCAACGCGAGACGUGGAAGCAGUGGUUCCAGCAACAAAUCGCUUGGGUGCUCACGCUCUGGCCUUUCCGCCUAUUUAGGGGACAGCGGAACGACUUUGACCACUUGGACGACGACGAGGAGCACCAUGAUGCUGGCCCUGUGGAAUGGUGGUGGCUCUUUCAUCCCAUGACGUACGUACGAAGCUUAGAAUGGUUGUCUGACAAGUUGAUGGAUUACGUCUUCAGCUUUAUCGACAGAGUAUCUGGAGUCCAACUUCGAGGCUCUCAGGCGGGUUUGGCUAUGUAUUGGACCAUGCUUUCCUUUCUUGCUUUGUCCAUUAGCGGCGCCGUUAUACAUAUGGCAAUGGGAACAUCUGUGCCGUCAGUACCAGGCUUCCCGGAUCUGGGAUCGUCCGACACCCUUCAUUGGCCCAGUCCUUCUGGCUUCUUUGAGAGAAUUGGAAACAUGAUCCCGUCAAUGCCCUCCUGGGGCACGGAUCAAGGUCCCGAUAUUUGGGCUGACCCAGAAGAGCGCGGAUCCAGAUCCUUUGAUAAAUUCUUGGACUCGUACAAGAAGGCAGUCGGCUCUUUGAAAGACAAGGGAAACCUCCACGAGCAAGCCAUCAAGAAGCUCGAGGCGAUAGUCCCUCACAUCGUCCACAUGGACGUCAAGGGCGGGAAACCCGUCAUCUCGCAGGAAUUUUGGCACGCUCUCCGGGAUCUCUUGAAGGCGGACGGCAGUUUCUUGAAUUUCGACAAGAAGAAUGGCAGCCUUGAAGUUUCUUCCGAUGGGCAGUGGCAGGCACUUCUUGCUCGGCUCACCAAGGACCCCUGGUUUACGUCCACCAUCAACAACAGCGCCACGGGGGCUGCUGAGCAGGUAGAGGGGAAAAUUUCUGGGUGGUGGGAUCGAUGGGUUAAGAACAACGACAACAAGAUCCAGGAGCUUCUGAGCACGGCAAUGGACAAGAGACAGUCUGCUGGUUCGGAGCGCGAAUUCGACGAACGACUCGCCAAAAUUGUCAAUGAGCAGCUCAAGGGGAAGAACCAAGCCGUCGUCUCCCGCGAGCAGUUUCUCAAACAGGUUGAGAGCGAGUUUACCAAGCAUCGGAAGCAGAUCGCUGCUGAGAUGACGGAGCUUAGGACAAAGAUGGAUGAGCGCGUCAAGGAGAUGAUUCGCGCAGCAACCUUUGAUGCCCCUAAGCAGGUCACCAAGACUGAGAUCUCCAACCUUGUACAUGAGAUCGUCAAGAAGGCCCUGGCCGACUUGAGUCUCCAGGCCACGGCCAAGGGCACGAUCAAGGUCAACUGGGAUGCCGUGCUCAAGAACCAGGUCAACUUUUUUGGAGUAGGCUCUGGUGCUACUAUUGACACGAGACGCACGACGCCAGUGUGGGAUCCGUGGAAUAAGGGGGUUGCUUCUGUCGAGGCCUACGAGAAGGGUAUCCUUGGUGUGAACCCCUUACCUCCCAUCGCGGCACUUCACCCGUGGCAGGAUGAAGGAGACUGUUACUGCGCUGCACGUACUGUCAACCACCGCGGUAACGCCCACAGCGCCUCGAUCGCCGUCCACCUCGCCCACCUCAUGAUUCCCCAGCAAGUCGUCAUCGAACACAUCCUCCCCGGGGCAACCACAGAUCCAGAGGCUCGUCCCCGCCACAUCGAAGUCUGGGCCAGAAUCGAAGCCGACGAGCGUGAAAAGGUGCGCGACUUUUCACAAACGCACUUCCCCGACAACAAAGAAGACUGGGACUUUACCCCUCCCAGCUUUGAGGAUUCGUUUGUAAAGAUUAGCCAGUUCGUCUACGAGAGCGAUGAGCUGCACAACGGCGUGCACAUCCAUCACCUCAGCCCGGAACUCGAAGAUCUGGGCGCCAUGACGGACCACGUUAUUAUUCGUGCUGUGAGCAAUUAUGGUGCCAAGACGCAUACUUGCUUUUACAGGGUGAGGCUGUUUGGGAGGCGGACAGACGAGUAA